AUGAACACCGAGGCUUCCUCCGCCGCAGCGCCGCCGGCCUCCUCCGCCGCCGCGGCGACGACGAUCGCCGCCAUCCACGAGGACGUCCUCAGAGCCCACGUCUUGACGCGGCUCGACGGCCCCGCCCUCGCCUCCGCCGCCUGCGCCUCCUCCCAGCUCCGCUCCCUCUCCUCGGAGCGGGACCUCUGGGCCAACAUGUGCCGCUCCACCUGGCCCUCCACAAGCUCGCCGCUCGUCUCCCGGGUCAUCUCCACCUUCCCCGACGGCCCCCGCUCCUUCUUCUCCGACUCCUACUCCCUCCUCGCCGCCGCCGCGGCGUCCCCGCCCGUCGCUCCGGGCCCGGGCCCGUCGCGGCUGAUCUCCGCCGUCGACAUCCGCUACCGCGGCGACCUCAUCUUCAGCAGGGCCGUGGAGACCGACGCCGACUCCGGGUGGUUCCAGUGCUCCCCGUUCCGGAUCGACGUCCUGGACCCGAAGGACGCGGUCCGGACGGCGAUACGCUUCCCGGACGCCGAGCAGGCGGGGCGCGAGCUCGGGGAGGGGCUCCGGCUGAGCUGGGUCCUGAUCGACCCGGCGGGGCGGCGGGCGAUGGACCUGUCGAGCCAGGCGCCGGUGUCGGUGCAGCGGCACUGGCUGACGGGGGAGCUGCACGCGAGGUUCGCGACGGUGGUGGAGGCGGCCGCCGGGGGGGAGCGGGGGACGGCGACGGAGGCGGUGCAGUGCGGGGUGGUGGUGACUUGCGGGGGCUGGGCGGGGGCGGCGGCGGCGUCGGAGGAGGAGGAGGGGAAGGAUGGGGGAGGGGGGAUGCAGGUGAGGGAGGUGGGCCUGCAGGUGGAGGACGGGGACGGGAUGCACCUGAGCGGGAGGGACAGCCUGGAGGUCCUGGGGAGGGCGUUCGGCGGGCGGCGGAGGGGGAGGAGGGAGAGGGAGGAGGGGGAGCGGAGGAGGAGGUACGAGGAGUUCGAGAGGAGGAAGAGGGAGAGGAAGGAGAGGAAGCUGCGGACGGAGGGGACGCUGGACUUCUUGUUCGUGGGCUUCGGGGUCUUGGCGUUCGCUCUCUUCUGGCUGCUCGUCCUGUGCAGAUGA